AUUCACUCAAAGCAAUUCAUUCAUUUAUUUUUCUGUCAAGCAAGCAAACUAAUCACAAAAAAAUUCGUUUGCUAGAAAAUACGAAAUUCCAAGUAUUUUAUCUAUUUUACCUCGCUGGCGUUAGGAGUCCUCUACAAAAUCCGACGAAAUCUGUAUAAAAACUCAAAAAAUAAUGAAAACAAGCUUGCUAUACGGGAUCUUAGCUGAUGCCAACUCAAAGACGAGAGUGCGCUGCGUUUUCUGCGGUGUCUACAUACCGAAGGCCAGCAAAUGUAUCGAACAGCACACAAAUGGAACGAAGCACAAAGAGAACAUAGAACUGAUGGCCACGAACGGGAUAAGCUUCAAUAACGACGUGCUGUAUUGUAAGCCGUGCAAGCAUACUCUCACCGAAGAUGAAUCGGUCUCGAAGCACAUCGACGGCGACGACCACGCUAACUGGAUGACUGCGAUAGAGGACCUCGUGGAUGGGGAGUUCAUCAGCCUCGAACCCUACUUAUCUGGCGAGAAAGACGAGGUUUACUGCGAGGUAUGCAACACGACGAUCGACUGCGCACUCCUGAACAUAGAGGAACACGUCAACAGCUUCAACCACAGGGCCAAUGUCUGUGACAAACUCAAACCUUUGAAUGGAAUUUUUCCUGUAGAAAAUAACGACGAGGUCUGGUGCAAGGUAUGUGAUAUAUAUCUAGAGAAUACUGUCAAAGGUAUACUGGAGCAUAUUGACGAUGAUGAACAGCAUGUAGAUUGGUUUUCGGAGAUGGAGGACUUGAUUGAGGACCAUGAAAUUUCAAUUGAGGACUAUCUGACAAAUGAACAUGAGAACAAUGCGUUCUGCAACACCUGUCAGAUAGAGAUCAUCUGCAAUGCUCAGAGUAUUGAAGAUCACAUCAACAGCGAUUCACACUUAAGUCACUUUAGUUAAUAAAUUAUGACAAAGACAUUUUUGUUUGUUAUGUUUUAGUUGGCUUGAUUUCACCAAAAAUAGCUGUUUAUUUAUUUUUUAUUUUUCUACUUUGGCGCUUGCACACUGUGCUUGUAUUCAGCCAGUUUUGUAGACACUGAUCUACAAUGCUUAUUGUGUAUUAAGACAGUUUGAAAGUCAACAACAAUAUUAUUUAUUCAAAUUAUUUAUAUUCAUAUAGGGCUGAAUAUGAGUGUUUUAGUAUGGUGCACUUGUAAUUUAAUAUUGUAAUUUCAUCAUCUUCAACUUGUUUUCAGUUUGGCUGUUGACUGAUAUAACUAUAGAAUAAUAUGUAUAUAGAUUGCUUGCCUGAAAUAAACUUGAAGUUGAUGAAAAUACAGAGUCGUAGUCUGAGCACUUACACAAUUAAUUCAUUAUUUUUAUCUCACUACAAAUAUAUUGAAUUGUUAUAUGGAAUAAUGGAAUGUUAUUUCACAGUCAGUGAAUUAUUUAAUAAGAAAAUGAUGUACUGUUAAUAUUGCACAUAAGUUCGGGAAACUAACAAUUUUAUGCUUUUUCCUCUCUACACUUGGAACUAACAAAAUAUUCAUAUUAUAAAUCAAUUUUAAAUUUUAUGUUUAGACAUUCCCCAAAUAUGCUAAUGUUGCCAGGUUGUGUUCAAUAUUCCUUUAAUUAUUUUGUUAAUUAAGCUUAACAGUAAAAUCACAAGUUAUUUAUAUCCAAGCAUGAAUGAUUUGACGAUUAUUUUGAAAUUUAUGUAAGUAUAUUUUCGUGGGAUAUUAUUAAUUAUAAUAAUGAGAUUGUUGCAAUCUUUAUUUUGUUAUUUAUGUAUCAUUUAGAUUCAAUGAUAAUAGUACAUACAUCAUUGGAUUUAUGUCACUGCUUUUUGAAGUUCCCACUCUUACUAAAGGUGCCAUUUUAUGCAGUGUAAUAGAAUGAAAAAUAAAUAUAUUUUUAUAUAGUUUUGCCAUGUAUGUAUAGAAUAAAAUGUACAACAUUUUGGUACACUGAUAAUAAAAUGUCAUCUACCCGCACCCAUGCAAAAUAAGAACAACUAUAUAAUACAAAAUUUUGGUAUUUUAUUGUUAAAGUUACAUGCUAAAUGUCAUAUAAUAAUAAUAAAUUACAUUGCAUUGUUACAUGUAUAUGUAAUAUUUUUAAAGCUAUACCUGACUUACAGCAGAUUUGAAUUCCAAUACUAUGUACCUACUACAUUGCUUAUAAAUUGAAAUUUCAACAUAUCUAAUAUCACAGAUAUAAAUUCAAUAUUUGAUAUGAUAUGACAUACACCUACCACAAUCACAUACAUGUAUAAUUUGCAACCCAAUCGUAAGUUAUAGCUAGGCACAUGGUUUGUAAUAUUGUUAAAUAAUUAUUAGUUUUGUUUCCUAAAUAAAUUUCAAAAUACA